AAAACAAUUUCUCUUGAAAUAAUUUUAGAUGACUUUAACGGUAUUAUGCAUGGGAAUCCGGAAGAAUCUUUAGGAUGUAAAUUGAAAGGGAAAUUGGUUCUCAAAAUUCAAAAGACUAUUUCUCCAAAACAACUAUUGUUUGUAUUUGUUGGAAAGUCAACGGUUUCUUGUGGACUUUUAGUGUCUUCUUCAAAUCCAGAAUAUCGCGAGUCACAUACAAUUUAUCGAAAGCAAUGUGUAUUUCAUAAUUCUCGAUCAUCAAAUAGGAAAAUUCCUCCCGGAACUUAUGAAUAUGGUUUCGACUUUGAUAUUCCUGGUAAUUUACCAUCUUCAUUUAAAGGAGCUCGUGGAAAAAUCGAAUAUUCUUGUAAUGCGAUCCUUUCUCGCCCAUUAUUCCAUAGCAAUAUAUUGGUAAAAAAACCAGUUAUUCUAAAAAGAUGUCUUAUAAAUGAUGCAAUACCAUUAUCUAAUCUAUCAAAUUUUGCCGAAGGAGUUUUGGAUAGUCGAAUUCAAUUUCAGAUUAGUACUCCGAUAAUGGCUUUUCGUGAAGGUGGUUUAGUCUCUGCAAAAUUAAAUUUAAAACCUUUGGAUUCGGAUUCUUUUAUUGAAUCUAUUGAAUAUGGAUUAAAAGAACAAACUCAUUAUCAUACAACUGAAAGUUACACGAGGACUUUUGUUGCUAGUGUUAAGGAAGAUAAAUUCCCACUUGGAAAGAAAACAAUAAGUUUAGAUCAACUAUUUCAUGAUUCUUCCGAUCCUAUAUCUAUUGAUUUUCGACUUUGCCCUUGGGUUAAUUGUGAUUUAGAUUCUCAAUUAAUCAAUGUUAAACAUAAACUUGCAGUAACAAUUAAAGUUGUUGGGAAUAUUUCAUCUGAUAAUUCUACUGAUAAUGAUGACUUGGAUUCUCAAGACAAUGAUUCUACUUCUCAUAUUGGUCGUAGAUUUUCUUCUCCUGCUGGUUCUCCCUCAACCGAUCUUAAUUCACGACGUAGAUCUUUUCGUACUCUCUCUUUAUUGCCUCCAAAGUCCAGAACAUUCUCUAUUUCUAGUUACUUACAGUCACAUAAAAAAUCUGUACGAAAUUCUAGAAAUGAACAAUUACCUGAUAAUAUUAAAUUCUUGAAUUUUGAAAUCCCUUUAAUUAUUACUACAAAAUCUGAUAUACCAAGGCAACAAGCUCCUUCUUAUAGUUCGGUUGAUGAACCACCUGCAUAUAUUUAUGCUUCGAUGAUACCUCCUCCACCCGAAUAUUGUUAUUCGGAAUCUAUUACUGAUGAGAAAUUUUUAUCGCGUUUUCUGAAUCCUGAAAUGACUGUUAAAACAUCUACUUUGUUUAAAUAUGAAAAACCAUUAAGUCCACAUCUUGCCGUAAAUAAAAAUUUGGUGCCUAAAGAUGAUGAUGUAUUACUAGCUACAAAAAAGUAUAUAAUUGAAUGCGCGAUCGAUUCUAGUCUCGAUGAAGGAACAUUAUUUUUAGAAACAGCAGGGGGAACUAUUCAAUCCGAAUUUUAUAGACCUCUCCGUCUUCCAACAAUUUUAAUCGGUGAUAGUAAACUAGGUGGAAUAUCAACUACAAUUUCUUCCUUUGAAUCCUUACGUUUACGUGGAUAUGAUAUACCAAUAAAAUAUUUUGGUGAUCUUGAUGAAGAGUUUAGUAAUGUCUUGAAAAUUUUGGAAAAUUGGCAUUAUGAAAGAUUUAAUAGAUUAGAUGAGAUGGCGGAUCGUAGUAAAGAAGUU